AUGGCUGAUUACAGGAUCGCUGCGAUGAAGUCGCCCAUUGAGGUGGUGGAUUAUCUCUUUGCCAGGCUGCACCAGAUGGGCAUCCGUUCGGUCCAUGGCCUACCCGGCGAUUAUAACCUGGUCGCGCUCGACUCCCUCCCCAAGAACAACCUAAAGUGGGUUGGCAACGUCAAUGAGCUCAAUGCUGGCUACGCCGCCGAUGGCUACGCCAGGAUCAAUGGCAUAGCAGCCAUUAUCACCACCUUCGGCGUCGGAGAGCUUUCAGCGCUCAAUGCCCUCGCUGGCUCAUAUUCCGAGAUUGUCCCGGUCGUACAUAUUGUCGGAUACCCGUCCACGAUUUCGCAGAAGGAUGGCUUGCUGCUGCAUCACACACUCGGCAACGGCAACUACAACGUCUUUGCAGAUAUGAGCACGAACAUCUCUUGUUGCGUGGAGAGGCUCAACGACCCGAGCUAUAUUGCAGCCCAGAUUGAUUAUGCACUUCAGCAGUGCUGGAUCCUAUCUCGGCCUGUUUACCUCAGUCUGCCGACCGAUAUGGUUCAAAAGAAGAUUGAGGGCGAGCGGCUGAAAACACCUCUUGACCUACGCCUCCCAACCAAUGAUCCAGCCCGGGAGGACUACGUCGUUGAUGUUGUCUUGAAAUAUCUUACAGCGGCUAAGAACCCCAUUAUUCUGGUGGACGCUUGUGCCAUUCGACAUCGAGUCCUAGAGGAAGUCCAUGGCCUAAUCAAUAAAACGAAUCUUCCCGUAUUUGUCACCCCAAUGGGGAAAGGGGCGGUGAACGAGACUCACCCAGCCUUCGGCGGUGUUUAUGCGGGCGAUGGAUCGCUCCCGGAAGUAAAGAAGCGUGUCGAAUCUUCAGAUCUCAUCUUGACAAUUGGAGCAAUUAAGAGUGAUUUUAAUACUGCCGGAUUCUCUUACAAGACAUCCCAGCUUAAUUCGAUUGAUUUUCACAGCACGCAUGUCACCGUUCGAUACUCCGAGUAUCCUGGCGUCCAUAUGAAAGGGGUCCUACAGAAGGUCAUCGACAAGGUCGAUUUAAGCAAGAUCUCGGCAGUCCCAGGCCCGUACAUGGAGACCGAGCCCAAGGCCGAGGAAGACGACUCGCCAACCAUCACACAAGCAUGGUUUUGGCCUUCGGUUAGCUCAUUCCUCAAGGAAAAUGAUAUUGUCAUCACGGAAACUGGUACCGCCAAUUUCGGCAUCUGGGGGACCAAGUUCCCAGCCGGUGUCACUGCUCUCAGCCAAGUCCUCUGGGGUAGUAUUGGAUACUCUGUCGGGGCAUGUCAAGGCGCAGCUCUAGCUUCGCGUGAUGCUGGUAAUGAACGCCGCACCGUGCUCUUUGUCGGUGACGGAUCCUUCCAGCUCACGGCUCAGGAUUUUGUCAUCUGCAAUGAUGGCUACACGGUCGAGCGCUUCAUACACGGCAUGGACGCUGCGUACAAUGAUAUCGCGGGGUGGCACUAUAAGGAUCUCGUCAAAGUCUUUGGUGCCAAGGAUGGUACUUACAGAACGUAUCAGGUUAAGACUAAGGAUGAUGUCAAGAAGCUUUUUACAGACAAGCAAUUCAACGCCGCAGACUGUCUGCAAUUUGUUGAGUUGUACAUACCGAAGGAGGAUGCGCCACGAGCAUUGAAAUUGACCGCCGAGGCGAGUGCGCUGAGAAAUGCGAAGGGGUAA